CGUGCUUAUUCCUGCAUUCCUUCAGCCCUGACCAGGUCAUGCAGACCUGCUCACCUCCCUCGCCUGUCCCGGGCACCCUGACAUCAAGGCAUUCAUCUCACAGCUGCCAUCCUGGGGCUGGUGGGGCUCCAGUUACAGCCCUAUAAAGAGUGCUGAGCUCCAGGGGCAGGAGGAACUCUUAGAAGCCUUGCAGCCAUGGGCAGAAGUGCUUUUGCCCUGGUCCUCGCCCUUGCCCUGGCAGUGUGUGUUGCUCCUGUGGAGAGGAAGUGCCUUCUCUCUGGGUCAUGGCGGAGUGACACCAGCUGCCGGAUGGUUGUGUCCACCCUGGACAAGGACAACAGAUUCUCUGGUUUUUACCUGCCGGGACCUGCUGCUGGCUACUCAGAACUCCUCACGUCACCACUGGAGGGGUCUCAACAAGAUACAGGGCUGGUCCCACAGCCCACCUUCUCCUUCACUGUGAACUGGAGACUCCAAGACUCAGAGACUGCCCGGACAAGUGUCUUCCUGGGCCAGUGCUAUGUGGACACCAACGGGGAGGAGACCCUGCAUGCCCUGUGGCUCCUGCGAGAGGCAGCCGACAGUCCUGCAGAGGACUGGAAAGCCACCCGGAUUGGCACCAGCACCUUCACACGGAUAAAAUAACAGCAAGUGGGAAAAUCCAGCAGGCUCAGGUUUGCAAGGUGUGCCUAGGCGGACUUUGCCCGCACCGAGAUGCUGCACUUGAGGUGCAACCUCAGCCCAGAGGUUCACGCUUUCUUAGGCAAGUUCACCAGAUGCAAAAUAAAGGGUUUCUGAGGGAGUACAGGGCUUGGCUCUGUCUUCUGCCCUGCCUCAAAUUUGUGGGGUUUUUCUCACCCAGCAGCCAACCUCCCAGAGGGAGGUUUCAUGCUGCACUGAGGCUGAAAAAGACAAGGCAGAGUCCCUGGGGAUGGCGACUGUCCCAGCUCCCCUCCCUCUGCAGGCAGUACUGUGCCUGCAAACCUGAUGCUAUGCUCUGGGUAACAUGUCCCUAGGGGUCACUGCCAGGUGUCUCUGGAGAUGGGGGACAAGCCGGGCUGUGGCCAGACAGAAGGAUAAGGCACGGCCACAGUGCGCUGCCUCGGCCAGUACCGCAGAGCCUUCCCCGUGGGAGCCGAGCACAGGAAGCUCUCCGUGCCCGAACGCACGGGGCGUCGCAAACGACUCUUGCAGAGCCGUCAGCCUCGGGUUCCCAGCCCCGGAGGAUGUGAAGCGCUGGCCGGCUGCUAGCUGCCCUCCCAUCCCAGGCCUGGGGAAAGCUCCCAAAUAGCCCGCUCCAAGAGUCCCUCCGGCACGGCUGUGUCCCCUGAGUAAUGCAUGGGGUGUGUCUCCAGCCAAGACGUCCAGACAUGGCCAAGGAAAGAGAACAGGGGAAGGGCACAUCUGGCACUGGCUGGACUCUUUUAGGAAUCACAGACCGACCUCUCUGCCUUCUGCCUUAGACACUUUGCCAAAGUGCUCCUAAGACGACCCCUGGGGGUUCAGCAGGCCCAGGGCUGAGGUGCCCAGCUGUGAGAGCUGGAAGGAGGCAGUGGCUCCAUCACUGUAUUUCCAGCUGCUUUUUAAACCAGUUUUCAGAUUUCUGCUUGUUUUUUCUGUUUCCACCAAUAUCCAGCAGCUGGUGCUAGUGGAUA